UGUGUUCUAAAAUGGUUAAUCAAGUUAAAUGGCAACUCUCUUCGACUGAUAAGAGCAGAGAAAAGUAGCGAACAACACCAAUGCUCUCUGGGAAAAUUACAUUUGAGAGCAAUAAAAAGAGCUCAGUCGGUGUUCAGUGGCAUCUUGUUCAGUCAGUGCUAAAGUGAAUGGAGCUGAAAAUGCAUUGGUUUUACUAGGCUCCUUACGUGAUUAUUGUUUACAAAUAAAUAUUUCGUUUCAUAACUCGCAUUUUAGAGAAUUCGCUGCUAUAAUUAUUGAAAGAUUUUUGUUUGAGAAGCUCCACUCUGAUUAAAUGUGUUACUAGUUGAAGUUUUUAGAGUCAGAGUCAGAGUCGGCCGGUACGUUGAUUGGUUUGGUUCGUUGCGUUUUCGGAUUGCUCUGAAUGAAUUGGAUUGACUUGAAUCGAAUUGGAAGUUGAUCAAAACGGAUCAGAUCGCCAUGGAUUACUUAAUUAUUCAUCAUACAUACUAAGUAUGUAAAGUGCGUAAAAUAUUUUUAGGUGGCAAAGUGUUUGUAAUACAUAUGUAUGUACAUAUAACGUGCUUAUGAUGUGAUAUGUACAAAUGUACAUAAAGUACAACUAUAGUAUGAAAACGCUUUAUAAAAGGAAGUAAAUGUGCCAUUAAACAAUUUCGGUGUAAAUCACUUGAUGUGUAAUUGAACAUUUUCGACUGCUUAUCAAUCGCCCGCAGUAGUGACGUAUGUAUGUACAUCGGACCGCAUUCCGCUCACCUUAUACCUAUACGCAUACAAAUGAAUAGAAACACGCAAUAUGCACAUACAUACAUUUUGAAGUAUAAACACACACGCGCCCAUCCACCCACCAGCGCGACCAGUUUGGUAAACGAAUAUUUGUGACGUCGCAGUUGACUGUCUCGUCGCUGUGACUCGUGAGUGCGAACGCGUCAACCCCAUGCAAACGCCCAUGCAAAGAACCUACACCUAUACAAACGCAUCGGUACGCAACCAAGGUACAAUUUAUUUGGUGAUUCUGUGAGAGCACUCGCGUUUUCCGAACUCUCCCAGCAUCUUUGAGACGUCGUCGACGCUUACAAAUUAGAAGAAGCGGCGGCGGCAAGGCAAGAAUACCCGAAGAUAGCAGUAAACAGACGCGGCAAGUCGUAAUACCUUCAUUUAACGUACAAAGUGGGGAUAUACAUAAAUACAUGUAUGCAGUUGCAGUGCAACAGAUUCGCGAAGUUGUGUCUUCUAGCAGCUAGCAUCAUCAUUCCCUUUCCUCGUUCUCGUUGACGUUGCGGUUGUUUGUAUUGUUUUUGUUGUGGAAUCAAGAUACCGGAGGGGCGCGACGUUUAAACUGUCGCAAAUGCUGCUGUGGUCGUCUCCUGCUGCAAAAUGGAAGCAAACAAUAUGCAACUUUGCCGCAUCUGCAUCUCAGCGAAUGUGGGCUGCACGCAAAUGAUUUCGAUAUUUGGCGAAGAUUCGCUGUGGCAAAAAAUCACUACAUUGGCCGAUGUUAAGAUUGAAAAAGGUGACACCCUACCGCAACAAGUGUGUGUAACAUGUGCCAAAAAUGCGAUAUCUGCGUGUCUCUUCAAGAAAAAGUGUGAAGAUGCCGACAAUUUCUUUCGACAACAACUGCUCAUACAAAAGUUCGAGAGUAGAACCUCAGCCGGGAGCAAUGCUUCGGUCGUGCAACAGGAAGUCGACUCCACCGAACAAGUUCCUGAGGUUGCCGCAAUGGAGUGCUAUGGCGGCAGCGACAAUGAAGAAUAUUCGAAUAUCGGUGCCAGCGGACUCCCGGCUAGUGCAAUAACCGAGGAGGAUGACGGAGAAAUAAAGUUUCCUUAUUACAAGCAACCAUUUGAUUUUCAUUCGAUUCGACUGAUGCACGAAUAUAUGCAGCAACAAUUGAGUAAAAUAAACGGUCCCCAUAAGAAUUCAGGAGCGGGCAAUAGCGGAGCGAAUUCGGACGAAUGCGCUGAUGAUGAUGAUGAUCCGUUGCCGCUCAUGCCUGAAGUAGAACUAUUAACACCAGGCGAUGAAUUGGUGGUCGGCGGAAGCAACAUCGAUAGCAUUCCUACUUACGGUGGCAUGGAUCAGACUGUGUUGCGUGGCUACCAAUGUCCGGAUUGUCUCCAAAUCUUUGAGAUGAAGCAAAUUCUAAAAGCACAUAUGCAGAGCGUACAUGGCACCCAGGGGCCCGUAUAUGAGUGCACGAAUUGCAAAAAGACGUACUUUUACAAGCGAUUCCUUGAAAAGCAUGUACGGCGCGGACGUUGCGUCAAAAAGCGACGCAAUCAAACGCGUCCUAUGCAGUGUUCUGACUGUCACGUUUUGUUUCCCACCGGGCACCACUUGGGCUGGCACAAACGCACGGGCUGUCCUUCACGAGCUGCUAAAAUGCCGUUGCAGCAGCUUCUAAAACAGAAUAUAGUGGAAUACAACAACUUUCCCAAACGUGCUGGCAUACGUAAACCGGAAAAUGCUCUUUAUCUGCACAAUAGAAAACUUCAUAUGGUCAAUAACAAGCGUAAAGGGCGCACUCGAAUCAAGCUGGAUUCCAAAAAAAUCGCUUUGGCAAAGCAAUUAAUUUUGCGCGAAGCCACUACUACCGUCAUAGCCAACGAGUUGAAUAUUUCGAGAACAUUUGCCUGGCGCCUGCGCAAGAGCCUUGUCAACGGGGUUAGUCUCCAUGAGCGCGUCAUAGACACCAAUAAUGGUGAAGAGGGCGAUGAAACCAUCGCUCAACCCAUGGUAGCAGAUAGCACUGAGCAGCUACAGCAAGCAUAUUCUCUUGCGCAGCAGACAGAUCAAUUCGCUCAUGUUGAGCGCGUGGUCAAGCAAGAGAAGUCGGAGAGUGAUGAGUCCGAGGGAGAUGAAGCCGUUGCAUCUGGUUGCGCUAGAAAAAGUGAUCGACAAGUGGAAGAGCAGACGGAAAAUAAUGAAGCCCAUAGCAGAACUGUGCAAAUGCCGAGGGAAGAAAUCUACUCCGAGGCGCAUGCAUUAGCGGCGGACAAACAAGUGCACACUGAAGAGGUGGCAAUGACUGCUAACAGCAAUCUCAUAAAGCAAAAAAUGCUACAAUUGCAACAACAACAGCAAACAAAUAAUGCGAAUGAUGAGGGCGACGAUGAUGAAGAUGAUGAUGACGAAGGAGAUGAUGAUGACGACGACGAUAAUAGCGGUGAACACAAUGAAGUCAACAACGAUGGUGAUGACGAUGACGAUGAUGAUGAUGAUGAUGAUGAUGAUGACGACGAUGACGAUGCUGAGACUGAUGAAUCCGUGGAUAAGAAUGGGGAAGAUAAAGAGGGAAAACCAGUUCAAGCACAGAAAAUACAAAUGCAACAGCCACAGUUGCAACUACAACAAAAAUAUCAGCUCCAGAAACCACAAGAACAAACUAAGACCAACACAGUUCUUCUGCAACAAGCUUUACAUGGAAAUGUGACACCUGAAAAUACAAGUAAUACAAAUCCUAGAGGACAUCGUAAGCCAUUGCCGAAUUAUGGUAAAGAAAGCACCGCUCAACCAAAUUUACCAGUGGUAAAUCAACUACCGUCCACAGUUUCCGCCGCUAUGCAUCCACUCCCAGUGAACUUAUCCAUUCGUCCUAUACAUAUCGAACAAAACCCCGAAUCGGACAGCAUAAAACCUUCGACACCGUCAGCACCAGCGACGACAAAGAAACCGCGAAAGCCGAACGUUUUCAUUGAUGACGAGAAGUACGCGAUGGCCAAAACACUUGUCGCUCAGAAUGCAUCGACAAUGGAAAUUGCGCGUUCUCUUAAUGUUUCACAGAUGACAGCUUGGAAGGUGCGGGAUGCCAUUGUAAAAGGCUUGCCCUUGUCGUAUCGCAACAAAAGAGAUGGGCGCAGUGCCUCAAAUGGCUCGAGUAUAAGUGGUGAAACGCCCACGAGCGCUGUACCGGAAAGUGUAGAGUCACAGAUGGCUCAUCAGCUUCUAUUGCAACAGCAGUUACAACAAGAGCAGUACCGGCAGGAACAAUUACAACUGCAGAAACUGCAGCAACAACAAACACAGCAAAAACGAUUGCAACAACAGCAACAGCUGCAACAACAACAACAGCAAGAGCGCAUGCGUCUACUACAAAGACAACAACAAUUAAAAGCACAACAAAAUAUUCAAAAGCAGCAUCAGUUACACGAUCAGUUGCAGCGUCCGCAACAACAGCCAGAAAAGGCUCGCAACGGACAGCACUACGCAGCGUCACAAUCAUCUUCGCCGCCAAGGUACGAACAGUCUGCUACCAGCGCCAUCGCUGCAGCACCGGUAAAAUUUAUACAUCCACGCCGUCGUUUGAAAGCGGCCGAACGGGAACAGCGAGACAAGGAAAUCACUCGAGAGAUACUCGAACUCAUACGUGAAGAUAGUAACAUUCAGUAUUGGAAGGUAUCUGCGCGACUAGCCGAAAAAGGCUUUCCCAUUUCGCCCUCUUCGGUGUGUCAAAAACUCAAAUCUAUGGGCAUACAUCGACGAUGGAAGCCCGGCGAUAAACCACCAAUGAUGGUAGACAUCGAGCAGUUGAAAGCGGUUAAUGCUAUAGUCGGCAAUCUGGUCAACGCGCCAAACUCUGCCGAAGAAGGCUAUGAUCAUCAAUUCGAAAUGGGGGGCGCACAUUUUCUUAGUGCCUUUACUCGAUAAAUCAUAAGCAAAGGGGUAGACAAGACGAAGAGCAUACAUCUAUACAUACAUAUGUAUACAUUGUCGAAAAUAAUGAUUUCAUAAAAAUGUGUAUUGACUAAACAAAGAUUGCAUACAUACAUAUGUAUGUAUGUACAUACUGUGUACAUGUACAUAAGAGUAUAAAUGCAUGUAUGCGCAAACAAAAUGAACAGUAUAUUUGGGAGGCAA